AUGGCAGACGCGUCAAACCUGGCAUACAAACAUCAAGCCAAUGCGCCCAGCGUCGCCGUAAACGACAGCUACCCAGUCUAUCAACCGCAUCUGCAGACUAUGCACGCGCCUCCGCCACCCCACGCCGUACGGUUCCGAGAACUCCCGCGCCUGCACGUGCCGCCCUUUGCCCUCACGCAGCAGUCCACGCCUGGCUGGAAGAUGGCGCAGGAGCAGCCGGUGCCUCGCAUGAGCGUGUCCCAUCUGCUUGCUGGUAGUUUGUGGAGUCGCCCUACGCCUCCGCCGCCUCAGCUACAGACGUCGAUAUUGACGCCCCCGUCGUCGCUCGCUGUCGCUCUUGUCCAAGUGCCAGUGCUGCGUCGUCUGCCCAGCUUUGCAGAUAUCUUGGCACGCACCGACCUCUUGCACUUGAUGGGGCGCUCGAGUGCUCCGUCUGAAGCUCCUCCCCCUAUUGUAGAAGCGCCUGUGAAAGACGAAGUUCAGAUGCAGCAACAGUCGGAGCACUUGAUGACGUCCGUGUACCAGCAGCACGAGACGCCAAUGGCCCUGUCACAAGCUGCAGACGAGAGCUUCUCGAUGGUUCCUUCUUCUUCUUCUUCUUAUAUGGAUACAAGCUUUUCCGUGGACCCGAUGAGCAGUAUAGGCGACGAGCUCGUGCAGAGUCCAAUGGGCGCGGCGUCGCCUGUGAGUCAGUCGAGUGACUUUAACAAGCGGCGGGAACGCUGGACAGAAGACGAGCACGCUCGGUUCAUGGAGGGGUUAAACCGCUACGGUCGCAAGUGGAAGAAGAUCCAGACGUUUGUCCGGACAAAGACGGCGGUUCAAGUGCGUACCCACGCGUAUGGCUACUUUGCCAAGCUUCUUCGCAACAUGCCCGAGGACGACGCGAUCUGGGAGCUUGCCGAAGAGAUGAGCUCAUUACCUGGUGCAGUACUCAAAGGUCCAGGCAGUGGCAAGCGCCGCAACGAGCCCAAGACGGACGAGGCUGGCAUGGAAGUGCUCCGCCGCUUCGUGUUUUCUAAGAAGAAGUUGGAUGAUAAGAAACAAGGGGAGGUGUCGAAUGAGUCGGUGAAAGACGACGACCGCGAGAAUGUAGAGAUGGCCGAGUCGACGCCUUGUCAUGCAAAUUCGCACCCGUCGACUGGAUUGUGGAGCUCCACGCAGCAGUGGAGAGCCGACGAUUCGGACGCGUUGCUGGAGAUCAAGCGCCAACGUCUGAAUUGA